AUCUGGCCCGUCCAAGCAGCCUUGUCGGAGUACACUUAGCUAUGAGCGAAGGUGUGCUGUCACGGCAUGCGUCGAUGAACUCGAGUAGCGCGACUUCUUCAGCAGAAGAACUUGCACAAAAAUACCAGCGGCUCUUUCAGGAGUACUCAAGAAUAAAGGCUCAACAUACCGUCCUUAAGAAGGCGGUGGUCAAGGAGCAAGGAACAAAUGCAACGCUUCAAGGCAAUGUGAAAGAGAAAGAAAAAGAGCUUCGAAUGGUAAGGAUUUUAGCAAUAGAAUGAUGUAAUAGCCACUUCUUGGUACUGAUGGGAUACUUU